AUGGCCGUCCUCACCCAGCUUUUAGCUAAACCUGACAAAGUCGACAAGGUCGUCGAUACAUUCCUCGCCACCUAUCAGCGUGACCACGAGAUAUGGAUGGCUCUGAGGCACACCGAUUCGCCGUUGGCGUUCACCACCUUUGAUGCUGCUGCUGACGGGGGUCCCGACCUGAAUGGACUCCUCCAGUCUCCGCCUGUGACGCAGAGCGUCAAAAUUAUGAGGACCCAUACCAAGGUGACCAUUCCAAACACCGAGAAGACUGCUGGUGCGCCAGUAGGGUUGGUCAUAUUCCUCAAGGCCAAACCCGGCAAGGCCGACGCAGUGCGCGAACUUGUCUUUUCUACUGUCUUUUCGUUCAUCGAAGAGGAAGAGAAGACUCUGAUUUGGUUCGGUUUGGAAUAUCCCGACACCCCAGGUCUCUUCGGAAUUCUCGACUUCUUCACGGACGAAGAGGGAAGAAAGAUCCACAUGGCUGGAAAGGCUGCGCAGGCGGUACUGGCUGCAACUGACGAGUUGCUGACUGAACCUGCCGAUUUUACAGAAGUUGAUGUCGUUGCAACGAAGAUCAUGGUGCAGAUCUAG